AUACCCAAAAUAAAGUCUUGGUACGCAGUUUACUAUGUUACAAGUUGCUGCAAGUGCCUGUGAUACCCAGAACUGCGGAACGGCCAAAAAUGCAAUCUAGGGAGGCAGCUCAUUAGAGUUUGAAACGCAGCCUGGAACUCCUCUAGUGACUCGCAGCGCGCUGCAGUGAGAGAGACUGAUCCUCUGUCAGACUCCAGUCACGCAAGUCGUGCUGCGAUUAGACGAAUAAAACACAGACACACAGUCUUGAGAACUUUUCGCACUGCGUGGGUUUGAUAGGUUGUCACUGGUCUUCUCUUUAGGACUUUUUGCGGGCUGAGUGUUAUUUCACGCGCACACAGAGACUCACUUGCGCUCCGAAAGACAGACAGAAACAUCCGACGCAGACAGCAGCAUCAGUUAUGAAAGUUGGAGCAGAAGCUCUACGUUGACAUGCUAAAGGUGAAGCAGCAGGGAUGUCAUCCAGGCGUGGCUCGGGGAGGAUAUGGAUGUCUAUAUAAAUGACUCGUUCAGUCUGAUCACAGAUGAAAAGAGCGUCUCUCUCCUCUUCGCUCUCUAAACAUCCAAAGUCCGAAAGUUCCUCGUCAUGGCAGAGGUGGCUGGAUUUCUCGGGAGCAUCGAUCUGGAUUUGCAGGCUUUUCCAGCAUUAGGGAAUGUGCCUCUGUCGGAUGGUUUGAAUGAGAGAUUGGGUCUAAUUGAGGGCAGACUGCAGCGCGGAUCGCUCACGGAUUUUGGCCACCUGAAGGGCAUCCUGCGCAGGAGGCAACUCUACUGCCGCACCGGCUUCCAGCUGGAGAUAUUUCCCAACGGGACGGUACACGGAACCAGACAGGACCACAGUAGAUUUGGUAUUCUGGAGUUUAUCAGUCUGGCCGUCGGGCUGGUGAGCAUACGAGGCGUGGAUGCCGGUCUUUAUCUGGGGAUGAAUGAGAAAGGUGAACUCUAUGGGUCGAAGAAGCUGACAGCAGAGUGUGUGUUCCGUGAGCAAUUCGAGGAGAACUGGUACAACACAUAUGCAUCUACACUCUACAAGCAUGCGGACACUGGGAGAUACUAUUACGUGGCUCUGAACAAGGACGGCUCGCCUCGAGAAGGCGGCAGGACUAAAAAGCAUCAGAAGUUGACUCACUUCCUGCCCAGACCUGUUGAGAUAGAGAAGAUACCCCAAGCUUACAGAGACUUGUUCCAGCACAGGUGACAAGAGCAUCCAUCGGAGUUGCUGUGUUGGAGAGGCAUAGUAGAGGUGCUUGAUGGGAAAGACGGACUCUGAAGAACAUUAAGAAAUACAAGACCCUACUUCUCUCGCCUCACAGCUGUUUAUAUUUGGGUUCUGGUCCAAAAUGAGGAGGCCCUCUCCAAUGGUGAUUGAGAUAAACAGUACGUGUGUGUCCUGGAUGGCUCCGUUUCCUCUCCUUAAUGGGUUUUAAACCACAGAGAAGAGGGAACAUUCCUGCAUCCAAAGCUGGUGCCAAAAGAUGUCUUGAGGAAGAGGUGUUGACUUCAGGGCCUCAUGACAUUGUGUCAUACAAUCAACCUUUCUUCAGACAGUCAUUGUGUGAGCCACACUUAAAGUGGACCACAUUUUGAGCAUGUCCUCACUGGAAAAAAACAAACAAAAAAACAAGGGUCUAAAUCUAAAUUUAUUGAGCAACUUUUCACCUGAGCAUAGGAAGUAAAACUGCCUCUGACUGUAAAGAUAAAAAUCAACAUGCCAAUUCUGGUGAUUCUGGGGCAGAUCUCAUGUUGAAAGGUCAUGACACAGCACUUAGCAAGAAGAUGGACAUGGGGAGAAUACCCAACCUUCCUGUAGGACAAAUGCAAAGCAAGAGCUUUUCAAAUUAAAUAUACCUUUGAGGGCACUUAAAAGGAGAAAGACACUUUGAAGAAUAAUGACCAGCUUCUACUGAAACAAUAUUAAUUUUGAAUGGAAAAAUUCUGAGAUUGUGGAAAAAGUAACAAGGCCUUACAAUAAUGGAAACAAACACCCCUUUCUUCAUGUAAAACAUUAGAGAGGUUUACAUAGAUCAUAUUCUUUAUGUCUUCUGUCAGAUUCUGUCAACCUUCUUUUGAAGGUUCAGCAGAGGUUCAAACCUUAGAAUUUUUGUAGAAACAGCAAAUGUAUGGAGAAAAUGUAUGGUGCUUCCUGAAGGGUUCGGUAGAGGCUUUGGUCAUUUGACAAGAAUGACUUGUAAUGUUCAGGUUGUCAGGAACAUUAUUAAAAUGUAAGUGAAAGACAUGUAAAUAUGGACAAACCUAUUUAUAAGAUGUACAAUAUAUUUAUUUUCUACAUAUAAAGUAUAAUUAUUAAAUCUAUAUAUAAAUAUAUUUAUUUAUUUCAAAGGCUCUAUUUUGUAAUGAACUUGAAGUUAUUGGAACUGUAGAUUCUACUGAAAUAUACAGAAGGGCUAAACCAUUUGACCUUAAUGACUGACAAUUAAAUUGUCCUGCUAUUGUUUAUUGUCAUUGACCAUAUUUGCAAGGAUUCUCUGUACCAAUUAAAAUCUGAGAAACACUGA